AUGGAUGAAUCUGAUAUUCAGCGAUGGCUUUAUGUAACAAAUUGUAUCGAGAAGGAAGAAAGUAAUAAAGAUGUUUGUGCCCAAUAUUAUCGACAAUUGUUAGGAAAAGUUUACGAAUGGAAAGCAACAGAUCAAAUACCAGAUCAAAUAGCUGAAUCAUUAAACGAAAGUUUAUUCGAACAAUAUAGUCGUUUACGUGAUUACAAUACGACAUCAAUUGACGCAUUUCAAAAUUUGACAGUAGAUGACGAUUUAUUAGGAGAAUUACUUAGUCAUUUCUCAUCAAAUACAGCUUUUGAAUCAUCAUACGAUAUGGACAAAGAUAAACCAGUUGCAAUAUUUAAAAAUUGCCCGGAUGGAAAAAAUCCAUUCUAUGGU